CAUGACACGGCAAACUUGGCAUUGGUCCUAUCUCGUCGCUAUAUAGACGACAUUGGAAUUUGGGACACACCCGCAAGGAAAGGAAAAAUCUCUCAAGAUAGAUACAUCAGGAAUUAGUAGGCAUGUUAUAUCAUUGCCUGGAAAAGGAAAAGAUGGAUUCCCUGAAAAGAUGGAUUCUAUAAAUGAAGAACAUCUAUCUUUUCAGCACCAUGACGAAUUCGCCUACCAUCCGGUCGAGCCUGGACAUCACCGAGGCGUCUCCCGCAUACGACACGAAGGUCCCAACAUUGGAGAUACGACAACCUUUUUACCACGAGUCCAGUAUUGAACUUGUGGAAAGAGCCGCCGAAACUUUCCCUGCUCCCGCUGGCACCCGGACCGCAAUAUUCAGCAUCGCCGAUAUCGCCGCGGGAUUGAAAACCAAAAUCCACGCAGCACUCCUAGCCAAACACAUCAUCCACCUCGUUCUGCGAGUGGAGAAUGUGACAUACGUUGUGAUCCAGUACCAAGAUCAGGCUCAGAUAGCGGUCACUGCAGAUUUGGUGCGGACCCUCGCCGGUUGCGGUCCUGACAAGUACCGGCUUUUCACCCCUGAAGAGAAUGACAACCUCUUGGACGGCCGAACCCUGCCGAGGCGCCUCCCGUUCGCGUGCGCUGUAAUCCCCACGGCCCCCCGUUCCCGCUCUCUCCGCACCGAAAGCAGUGGUGCAUGCGAUUUAGAUCUUAUAAUACCAGAGGAGAUAGACCGUCACCUCAACCUGAAUGUUCGCCGCCGCCAAGCCGGUACCAUGGCCAGGACUGCCGGUAAAGCAAUCGCACAAACAUCGUCCAUCGAAAAACUCCUGGAAGCCGGCCUGACGUUCGCCGGUUACCACCAUCCGACAGCGGGGGCAGGUGCCGGCAAGAUUGGCGCUGCGUUGGGAAACGCCGCUGAUAAACUCCUCGCUGAAGUGCCUUCGUCGUCGCGGGCCGCUACCCCCACCAUUGCGUCUACAAGCGCAGUGCCUCCCCCGGGUCUCACUGCGGACCAGUUUCUGAAAUGGCGAGAGGUGGAGGCGGGUAUCGCGAAGGAAGUCACAAAGCAGAUGGAGGAAGUCACAAAGCAGAUGGAGGAAGUCACGAAGCAGUUGCAGCUGGCGAAAGGAAUUGAGAAAGCUUGAUUAUAAAUAUUACAGUUUAAAUUCAUAAAUAACAUUGUCGGG